UAAGUUGAUUUACACUUAACGCAUGGCUCAUUUCCAUGCAGGUUUACCAAAGCCUAAUUCUGUGUCGGAAAUGGGGUUUCAUAUGAACGUUCUCAGUAUUUGGAGUGGCAGCAACUUUUAUCGCAACAUUUACUCUGUCGCUAACAUCGGUUGUACAGAAGCGGCGAUACCUGAUAUGCAAAUUAGCCCAGCAAUCUAAUAUAUCAAACUUAACAUCACGUUCUCAAACUACUGCGAUUGGUCCAGUCUGCUCAGCGCUGAGAAAAUGAGCUAUUGCUACGUGACCAGGUCUGUGCUACUUCAUGAAGUUAAACCUGAAGUGACGCGGAUUUUUUUUAAAUAUUUGAACAAGUAUAGUUUGUUAUAAUGGCCACUGGUUUGAUAAAAGAAUCGCAGAAUCUUUUCUUACAACACCAAGCCCCGCCCACUUUGUACCCUGUUCCAGUGAAGAUUGUGACGUGUUUCAGUUCUGAGCGCAGAUGCGGCCUGCAGUCAGUGAGGCUCGGAUGCAAUGUUACAGUCUCUGCGAGAGCUAUAUUUUUGUCGGCACCGAUGUUUUCUCUCGUAAUCUUGCUCUCAUUCCUGGCUAUUUCGGCUGAAGCGGAUUUUUUUCAAUUCGAUAGCAUUUCAAAUGUUUCUUCCUAUUAUUUCAAUUACAUCUAUUGCAAUAUUUGGGAAGGGGACUGUCAACCACACCAGGAUGAUGCAACCCAACAAGUGGCUACUGGGGACAUUUGGUCAGGGUUUCCCCAGUACUACACUGGCAUGCUGACUGCAUGGUACUGCAGCCUGGGUCAGUGCUGUGAUUCAGGAGACUGUAGGAUUACAAAUAACAUCACAGGAUUGGAAAAAGAUCUACAGGUGAAGCUUCAUGGGCAGCACCUGGUCCAGUCUGUGGUUCUGAAAGCCAUUCAGGGAUUCAUCAAAAACCCCGAGUCCAACAAACCACUGACUCUGUCCUUUCACGGCUGGUCUGGGACAGGCAAGAACUUUGUGGCCCGGAUAGUAGCGGACAACCUCUACCGGGAUGGUAUAAAGAGCGAAUGUGUGCGUUUGUUCAUUGCCCCAUUCCACUUCCCUCACGCGAGAUUGGUGGACGUGUACAAGGGCCAGCUAAGAGAAGCCAUUCGAGACAUGGUUCUGCGAUGCCCACAGACUCUCUUUAUCUUUGAUGAGGCAGAAAAGCUUCACCCGGGACUCAUUGAUGCCAUAAAGCCCUACAUGGACCACUAUGAUAAUGUGGAUGGGGUCAGCUAUAGAAGAGCCAUAUUUCUGUUCCUAAGCAAUAUCGGUGGUGGUGCCAUCAAUGAGGUGGCACUUGAUUUCUGGCACUCGGGACAGAAUAGGGAAGAUAUCGGCAUGGAAGACUUGGAACAUCUUCUGCGUGCUGAAGCCAUGGAAGCAGAAGGAGGUUUUGCGCAGAGUGAGCUGAUUUCAGGCCAUCUGAUUGACUUCUUUGUACCAUUCUUGCCGCUGGAGUACCGGCAUGUGAAACUGUGUGCACGUGAUGCAUAUGCAGCUCGUGACCUUCAGCCGGAUGAGGGGACUCUGGAUGAAGUGGCUAAAGCCAUGCUGUACGUUCCUAAGGAGGAGAAACUCUUCUCUGCACAGGGUUGCAAAUCCAUUCCUCAAAGGAUCAAUUUCUUUUUGCCAUAACGGAGAGCAACAUAAGAUCACUGACAUUAAAGAAACACAGAGUAUACUUGAAUGAAGCAGAAAUGACUGCUGAUAUCUGAAAUGCAAAUUAUACAACGCUGACAAUGCAGAAAAAAACUUCACAUGUAGAGUUUCAACUCUAUAUAGGACAGGGAGAGAGGGGUUUGCUCAUGGUAAACCCUACUGAAAUAUAUUUUUAAGAACUUUUUAUCUGUAUCUAUCUUAUCUACUUCUCCCAAGCAAUGUUACAGUUUACAUGCAUUGAUAUGAACUUAAGCAACCUAACCUCUUUAAAAAAGACUGCAUUUACAGUAAUGCACUUACACUGGAAGCCUCUUAAGCAAGCAAAACCACAAUGUUUAAGUUUUUUUUUUUUUACAUUUACAGUUAAAUGGAAAUUGCUGUUUGCAACCUUUUUGUACUUCCAUACUAUGUAUUUCUGAGCAAAACAGGAUAUUCAAUAGAAAAAUUAAUUGAUUGGAUCUGCUAGGCUUUUCCUGUAAGUAUAUUGUUGUCAAAUGUGUUUUAAAAGACCAUUUUAAAUGUUUUUCUGUGGUAAUCGACUGAAUGUAAGUUUUCUUUAACCUGGAAUAUUUCUUUUAGUUGCCGUUUUAUAUUUUUGGCAUAUUUCAGUCAUCAUUAUCUGCAUUAAAGAUCAUAUUUCAAGACUUAUGUAACAAUUAAAAAAAAAAAUCUUGUUUAUUUAUUGUAUAUCUUUUUGUGUCAUGUAUAUUUAAAUGUUACAACCUCUUCAAAACUAGUUAAAAUCAUAUGUGCUUUUUGUUCAUUGAUAUUUCCAUUUUGAACACAUUCUGAUAUGAAAAUGUUGAAGUGAUUCAGUUGUUGGUGAAGAUAUGCUACUGAAAUGAUCAUUUUUAUGUAGGUAGAAAAAGAGCUAGAGGGUUAAGCUUGACAAACAUGAGAUUGAAGGAAUCAUUACUAUACAACUGAGACUUGAUGUAACUUUUUCACAUAGGCCAGUACGCAUUUUUCUGUAGUUUGCCAAUUUAUCAAAUUAACCUGAUUUUAUUCACUGUACUGUUUUCAACUAGUAACAUGCAUCUUUGGCAAAUUCAUUGCUAAAAGUAACAAGCUUUUUGAUUUUGAAGUGUCCGCUCUGAUAAUGUUUACUGAAAGAACUAUAUUCAAGUUGUGCUUGAAUGUAACUACAGGUUAGUGUUUGAUGGAUGAACCAUGUCACCAGCUAACAUUCUACAUUUUUGUAAGGGUUUUGUCUACAAAUAAUGUCAGACAAGUGAUGCCAAACUGGGUGGGAUUUUUGUCAACAGCUUUUUAAAAAUGAAGUUACUUUACUAAACAUUCAGUCUUCUGCUUAGGGUUUGGCUUAGUGCAGUUUGUUAUUAUUAGUUGAGCAAGCUUCAAUUCUGCAUUUCCUUUUCCCACUGAUAACACAGAAACCAGUGGGAAAUGGCAUUGUUACUGAUAUUUGUCUAAUGUAAAAGAGAAAUAAAAGAUAAUGUGCCAAGCUCUCAAAACUCUUGACUUGAUAUCUCUGUAUACAUUUUUG